AUGCAGCAGCCCGGGGAGGGGGGCUCGCACCAGGCUACCCCCGCUGCCCCCCAGCCCCCUCCGCUCCCGCGGCGCCUCGCCCGGUCCCCGCCGAGCUCCGCGCCGCAGGUGUAUUACUCCUGUGGUGCAGUGGUGGAAUCAAUGGAAAGAGGCCUGAUUUUGUCACCAGGUUUUCCAAACAACUACUACCCAGGGACACACUGCGUCUGGCAGUUUUUCAUUCCCAUGAGAACCCAUCUCAUCUUGGAAAUAUUUGACUUUGACAUUUUUGAGGGCUCUAGUGAAACUCCAACCCCCUGGGACGGCUUUUCAGCCCCUGCUACAACAGAAAAUAAGGACAUGCCUUCUCCUGAGGAAAACCUGGACUUUGCUGUCCACACCACAAAACCCUCUCUCCAGACCUCGACAUCGAAGGUGGCUCAGAAUCUGAGCAGCACCAGAGACCAGUCAAAGGACCUUGCUGGUCAUCUGGAUGAACUUCCAGGAACCAUCUCAAAAAAAAAUGAAGCCAAACAAGCAUCUGAAGAAAACCAGUGGAAGCAGAUGAAGGAACCCAAAGCAAUUACCAAGGCUCAGCCAGAGGAGCUGCCAUUCCCUGUGGCUGGUAGUGCCUCAAUGCAGAGGCAAAAUACCAGCGGCCUGGAAACAGGAGAGGAUUUGGAAAGGAAGAUGUUGCUUGCUCACCUAGCUGCUAGUGAGAGAGAUGAAGUCAUAGCAGAGAGCUGGACACUUCCCUCAACAGCAUUGCCCAUGGAAAUCUCCUCCAGCCCUCAGUCAGCAGUGGAUGUCUGUCCCCAUGAUGUAUUAUACGUUUCCGAUCUCAUCACAUUUUCAUCUCGCUUCUGCGGCCCAAAUUCCCCUGUGAACAAGACCAUGGUCUUUGGUUCAUCUCUGGAAAUGGUUGAGGUUAUCAUGGAGCUGAUCACCACCACGGACCGGGGCCGAGGCUUUGCGAUGCUGUUCGAGUACAGGAACAUCACCGACCCCAGCACUGUGGAUGCUGUGAGGCAGGAGAGGAAGGAAAACAUGAUGAUGCUGGCAAUUGUAACCGGGAUUGUUGUCUUUGCUCUUGCUUUGCUCUCUGCCCUCUGCAUAGUCUGCAGGCAGAGAACGUGCCCCAAAAGGAGCUCAUCCAACGCAUGCAGUGACCAGGAGAACAGGAUCCAGAACUCCACUGUCGAUAUCAAUGAGCUCCAGCUGGUGGUGCCAAGCCGGGAGAAUGAAAACAACAACCACUCUGUGAGCCGGGAGCAGGCGGUCACUUCCUGCAGAGGCAGCACAGAACGGUCUCCUCAGGACACUGACCCCGAUGUGCCCUCCUCCAUCUCUGCGGUGACCACUGAGACUGGGAGUGAUGAAGUGUUUAUCAUUUCUGCUGGACCUGGGACCAGUGGGCUGAGCUUUACCACCUACAGGAUACAGGACAAAAACCUGAAAAGAAGCGUCACAAGCCCGGCCUCUGUGUCUGACUGGCUGAGCUCCCACCCCACAGCUGCAGGGGCAGACGCUGCUGAGAAGGGGAACGUGCAGCUGGAGCAUCCCUGUCCCAGGCAGCGCACCUGGAGCGCCCGCACCUUCCACGACCUCCUGGCUCCAAUACCACAGCUACAGAAAAAAUGGUGCAGCUGGAGCACCAACAGCCCCUUCACAAAGCUGGUUGACAGCAGUGGUUUUUCUACAGCUGCAAGACCCCAAGGUGUGCCAACCAGAAAGAGGCAGAGAAAGUUAACCUCCUGCAAUUUGAAGAAAUCCAGAUUUGGGAACCCUUAUUUUGGAUUUUUAGCCAGUUCCCCUGACAGCAAACAUAUGAGGUCCUUGGAUCCCUCAAGACAUCUAGGGGCAGCAUCUCCAGUUAACAGCCAAAGCCAAAAAAAUCUUCUAGAGAGCUCCAACCCCCUGAAAAUCAACUUGGUCAAUGGUUCAAAAACAAAGGAGCUUAUGGUAGAAACAGAUAAAAAUAAACCAGUUUUUGUUAUUUCUGAAGAAGGGGAUGAUCAGCAGCCUCUGGUCCUGGCAGAACACCUUAGUCAGUGUGGAGAUCACCUGUCAGAGCAAAAUGCUGUGUAUGCUCCGGCCGUGCCAGAGCGGAGCAUGGUGGUUCUGACUGCGGAGAGGAACAGCUCUGCCCCCUUCACAUCGAGCCUUCCCCUCUGGGCAAAAUCCCCCACUUCAUACAAAGGCCAUGGGAAGGCCCCCAGCUCCUCCAGGGAGCAGCAGAGCUCAGCGGGUGGAGAUGCCAACACCACUGAGCCCUCACAGAACUGCGACACCCCCGCUGCUCCUACGCUGUGCCAAGCUUCAGUCCAGCGAUGUCCUGGGAAAGACUGAAACAUCAGUUCCCAAACCCAGAGGGAACAGGGACAUGAGCAGAGCAGAAGCUGUGCCGAGCAGUUGAGUGUGGCAGUCACAUGUGGCAGCUUUGUUGAGAGCAGUCUUUGCUUCCCACAUGUUGGGACAGAGAUUACAAGGAUACGAACCACAGCACAGCACAAAUACCAUCUCCCCUUCAGCUCACUAACCUCAUCUCUCUUCUCCUGCAUGCGACUUGGAUGUAGUUUGUACAAGAAAGCAUCCUCUGAAAAGAUACUUCAGACUGCAAAACCCCUUUUCUGGGAUGGGAAUGAAAGUCACCUGAAGCAGUCACACCGUGGUUUAUAUCUGAAAUGUAAAUCAGUCCCCUGUCCCUGUGGCAUCACUUGAGUCUUUCUGUUGGGAGCUCUGAGUUAGCUUCUGUUUAUAGCUCUGCCUGUACAAUCCAAGCCUUGCCAAGCCAAGGGUAAGAAUUCAACCAUGCAUGUUUGCAUACAGUUCUGUAAACUUCAUUUUAAGUAUUUCAUAACUUCUGCAGUCUAGCACAAAGCUUACCAAGCAUUAGCAACUCUAAUAUUAAAGAGCAAGAUUAUCUCAUCUCCUAACUCUUUAGAGAAGUGUACAGACAAGCUGAGCAACCCAAUACCAGAUGCUUGUUCUAUUAAAGUCUGAUGUAGCUUUAUCUUUGUUAGGUCUACAUAGGCUUAGAACACCUCAGUCCACUACAUUAAAUGACUCCUCAUGGCAACAGGAGCAUGUGUACAAAAACACUGAAAUACUAGGAAUAGUCUUCAGCAUCCAACACUUGGAUAUUUGCAGCUGCUCUGAUCCUAUAUUCACCAGCUAUUUAUUGCUGGUAACGCACAUUGACUAGAGAGCUAUUCCCCUUCCUUUAGCAGGCGAGACUUGAAAGACAAAACUAAGGUGGGCCAAACUUUGAGUGCUCAUUUUCUUUAGAAAUUAACCCUACGUGGCUGUGCCUCCCUGAGUACAAAUCCAGGGCAUUCAAUGGAACACUGAACCAAAGGGAAGCCUGCUAGUCCUAUUGCCUUUAAUAACCCCAUCAGUAUUUUAAUUUCCUCCUGGUGAUAUUUUCCUGUCUUUGCAAGAGACUCCUGCAUGUUUGUCCCGCAAUUCAGAAUUUCUUAAAUGAAACAAUUCCCUCUGAAGCUGCAUUUUGCAGCUGAGACAGCACAUAAUUUUAAAGCAAUAGUACGUCAAAAAACAGGUGUCAGAAAGAAAUCUUCUGCACAAGUCUUCCCCUGUAUUAGCUGCAGUGUGCAUCCAGUUAUCUUAAUCCUUCUCUGUGAAGGCAUUUAAGACUGAUUGCUGAAAUAGUUAACUGAAAUAUUUGUGAUUUCACCUGCUGUUACAGCUUCCAUUUGCACCAUUAAUGUCUGAGAUAUGCAACACAAGACUAUAGGUUUUGCCUUAUAUUUUCUAUGUGUGUUUACACGUCUACCUAGACAUAGAAGCCGUGCAGCUGGUAGCAGUGGAAGCAAAAACACAUUUGCCCUUUAGCAGCUGACUCAAACAUGAACAGCAAACAAGUCUCUGCAUUUAUUAUUUCCAGACUGUGUUCAGUGCCAAAGUCUGGCUCCAUGUUGGUUGGUUCUUUUUUGGUGGGUAUUUUUUUGUUGUUGUUGUUUUAAAUUAAUGCUACUUGAUUCAAAGGGAAGAGAUUAAUAUAUUUAUGAUUUUAAAAAUACUUAGAUUCUGUCUUCAGCACUCUAACAGUAACUUCCACUGAAUUAAAUUCAUAUACAUUGUUCUGUUACUUAUUACAUUUCUAAAGUUUGAAAUACUAAAAUCUACUUUUGAAAAGUACUUGUGUUCAAUUAUUGACAAUAGUUAUAUUUGAAGGGCUGGAAAAAGUGGCUUUUUCAAUAAAAGCAUGUUUAACUACUCA